GCAGCAGCGAGUGAGCGAGCGAGCAAAGCAAAGUCUCCCUCCGCGUAGUACGAUACGUGUGCACGAGUCAGUCAGUCGAGUUUUUCAGCGAGCGCCGGUGCAGCGGUGCGCCAUAAUGGCAGGCCUCACCUUUAAGGACUGGAACUCGAGGAUGGACCUGUUCGCCGACCGGCAGGACCUCGACGACGACGACGACGACGAAGAGGAGGAGGACGACGAGGACGAGGAAACCGAAGAGGAGGACGAUGACGACAGUGUUUGGACGCCUGCUUACGGUUUCCCGUACUCUACCGAGGAGAAUUUGUUCCUGGCGUCCACCACGUUAUCAGAUACAGAUGGCGUGGAAGAGACGAGCGGCGCCAACAACUCCUCCACCUUCGUAGUGCUCGAGACGAUUUUCGAAGAAAACUCGGACGACCUGCAAAGUACUGACUCCGAAGUUGACUGUUCGUACAAGUCAGACAAUUCGUCCGACGAAGACGACUUUGAGUCUGUCAUUCACAUUAGUCCCGGAGCGAGCUGCGAUAGCGGCUCAGAGUCCGAGAGGGACGUUGCCGUGCCAAAGAAGCGGAGAAAGAGAGAAGCCCCUCCGGUGCCCCCGCGGGCCCGCGCGCCGAGCCCCGAGCCCGCGCCCGUCGAGCCCCAGUCGCUGUCCCGCUCGAGCAGCCUGCUGCAAUUCGAGUGCCUCGAGCAGGCGCUUUCCCAGGAGGAGCUGCUCGACGAGGGUGCGACGCUCGUUUUCCGCACCAGCGCCUCCGACAAGCCCUUUUCCUACGGAGACUCGCAGCCGCCGUCCUUCUCCAGCUUCAGCUUCGACUCGCUGGACACGAACGGCAGCCGCCGCAGGUGCAACUCGCCACUCAAGGACAGUUUGGAAGAAGCGUCCACGUCCAGCACGGCCGGCUGCAGCUCCUCCUCGGACGACGAGUCCUACUUUUUGGACAAGCGACACAAACUGUCCAGCAGCUUUGGCCGAACGCGGAUGCGCUCGUAUCGCAGUUUCGACAGCCUGCUGCACGUGGUGCGUCCGAGUCGGACGUCUCUCAACUGCGCCGGCCUGGACGAGGAGGAGGAGUGCGACGAGGUGCUGGACAAGCCCAAGAAGUCGAGUGAGAACCUGAGCGAGGACAGCGGCUUCGGCGACGUGCGGCAAACCGACACCGCGGCGCUGCCCACCACCACCACCGCCGCCGCCGCCGACGUCGAGCCGCAGCAGCAACAGCAGGAGGAGGACGAAGUGAAAGCUGACGAACACAUGGAUAAACAAGCGGCAGACGCGCCGGCAGCGGCGCGAGAGCGAGUCGUGGUCGUGUCGUCUUUUGAACCUCCAACGCAUCCGGCGGUAGGGGAGGCGGUGGCGGAGUUAAAUUUAGAGGAAUUCGAGGGGGGACGCGAGGCUGCUGCGACCGCCGAUGAUCGGCACGACGACGGACACACCCAUGCAGUGCAGGAAGAGGAGGCGGUGCGUGCUGACCAUCACUGUUGGGCGGCGGAACCUCCGCGACUGACUCUCGUCCAGUUCAACAGCGACCUCAGCGUAGACCAGGAAGAGGAGGAGGAGGAGGAGGACCUGGUCCCGGAGCAGCAGGACUCCGGCCCGCUGUUUUACAGCAGCGCCCCGAACCUGUUGUCCGAGAAGAGCAUGUCGGUGGUGCCGGUGCGCGAGCCAGCUGCGGUGACCGCGUGGGACAUGCCACCCCCGCGCGAGAUCACCGAGGAGGUGCUCAAGAAGGACAGCACCGGCGGCGGUGGUGGUGGCGGCGGCGGCGGCAGCGAGUCACCAAAGACGAGCAAAAGCAACAGGUUCGGCAGCUUCUUCCAGCGCUUCUCGUUCCGCAAGUCCAAGGGCAAGAAGCAGCUGCAGCAGAAGCAGUCGUCGCAGGAGGACGUGACGACCGCCGAGGCGAUCCACUCGGUGGAGCAGACGGCCGCCGAGUUGUCCAACCUGGAGGAGCAGCUGGGCGGAGGGUGCAGGAAGGAACGACCGCCGCUGCCGCCGGUGGGCCCGCCGAAAUCGCGCCUCCUCGGCAUCGUGGGGCGGCGCAGGCCGGAGGCAGCAGCGCCCGGCGAGCUGGGUGCGAAGCAGAAAAUCGAUAGCGCGCUCGGCAGUAAUGGAGGCGGCGACGAAACACCCGCCCGUGCAGCAGCCGCAGCAGGGCCCGGCAAGAAGGCGUCCAGCCUGGUGAACAUCACCACCAUGAACAUCGUCGAGAUCGACAUCAGCGAACCCGCCCCGCAGGGACACCACCUGUCGCUGUCUGUCGCGCGGCCGCCGGCCUCCGACGACCCCAGGGCCAAGUCCAUGGAGUUCUUGCUCGACGACGAAAACAAGGCAGCAAUUCAGCCUCCAGAAAAUGAGCUUCGCAAGACGAGCGAGCGCAAGUUGUCCGAGCACGAGCUGCGGGUGCAGCGCUCGCUGCAGCGGCUGGACGUGCCCGACUGGUACAAAAACAGCCCGGCGGCGCCGACGGGCUCCUUCCUGCUGAACCGGCGCAGCUCGGCCGGCACCAGCAACAACUCAAAAUGGCCUGGCCUCAACUCGAAGACCACCUCGCUGUCGUCGCUGCAGCAGAGUCCCCACCUGCGCAGCAGACACCAGACCCCAUCCGCCUCCAGCCCCAGCCCCGUGGUGUCACCCAGCCCCCAGGAGCGGCACUCGUUCACAUACGCACCCUUCUCCAGAUGGAGCACGUCGCGGCUCAACUCGGCCAGCACGUCGCCUUCCGGCUCCACCAGGUCAAGCUUCCAAUACAGACAGCCUUACCUUGGCUGGCGAUCACAGGAAAAGUUGCUGGCCAACAACACCCCCACGUACUACCGUUCCCCAGCAGAGCGGCUGGCGGCGACAACCACCAAGCCGCCGCUGCCGAACCCCGCCUUCAGCAUCCAGCCUCCGCACGCAGCGAACGCGGCACCGACGUCGACGCCGCAGACGACGCCCAACAACGCCGAGGUCCGAUCUUCCAUCAAAGAAGUGACCAGCGCCAUCGUGCACUACGUCAACGAGAAGAAUUUGUCGCCGGCGCGGCCGGGUAGGUCGCCGUCGCCGCGCGGCAGCAAAACGCGGCUGUGGGUUGAGUCGUCGUUCGUGGGCAGCAGACCCAUCGACCAGCCCGAGACGCCCAGCAUGCCCGACGAGACGCCGGGCUGCGCGCAGCCGGAGCGCAUGCAGACCGGCGGCGUCAUCAUCAACCACGCCAACGGCAGGCUGAGCAAUGCCGAGGACGAGGAGGAGCCCAAGGUCGUCGUCACGCCCUCGCCAGAGUUCAAACCGUGUUUGCCGCCGAGCAAAAUGACCAGCAAGUACCAGCAGUACAUCAACAUCAACUUCAACAUCGAGCCGUCGACGUGCGAGGACAACGCGUCCGACGUGUCCGACGUCGAGCUGGAGCCGCUGCUGGGUCCGCCGGGCAAGCCCAAGCUGCAGGACGAGUUGAAGGAGCUCCUGGAGAACUUCGGCAACUCGUCCGCCAGCCCGCCGUCGGCCACGAUCGAGGACGUGCUCGACUCGCUGCUCGGCCUGCCGACCGCCUCGCGGUCGCCCUCGCCGGUCAUCUCGCCGGGAAACUCGAUGACCCUGCUCAACAGCGCCGGCAGACACCGUGACCAGAACGACGCUGCCGACCAAGGGUCAGCUAAUGAGGUGGGCGGCUUUGCGGCGCCGGUCGGCGGCACGAUUCGGCGCCACUCGAGCGGCACCAUCCACCGCGGUGGCGUCACCGAGAAGACGCGGCGCGUGAGCUUCGACAUGGACCCGGUGACGCUGUCGGCGCCGCGCGAGGUGUCGCUGGACAGCACGCCGGCGGGCGGCGCCGCGCUGGACGAGAACUCGGUGCGGUGCCGGUACAGCAAGUGCGGCAAGGUGGCCAGCCUGGCGGAGGCGCGACGCACCUUCAAGACGUGCCACAACUGCAACGCGCAGGUGUACUGCUCGCGCGAGUGCCGCCGCGCGCACUGGGAGAAGGGCCACCGCAAGACGUGUCUGCACGGCCGCAUCGGCGCCCUCUGCCGGCGGGUGGCCAACGCCUGCAAGGAGCACCAGCCGUCGCUCGAGCUGCUGUCCAAGCUGGCGCGCCGCGGCUACCUGUCGCACGGCCGCGGCUGCGUCAAGGUCUUCUUCUCCAGCCCCGAGCUGGCCGAGCGGUUCGCGGCGGCCGUGGCCGCCGGCUCGGCCGCCGCCGAGCCGCUGCUGCCCGGCGAGCCGUGCUUCGUGCGCUGGUCCGACCUGCUGCCCACCGAGAUGGGCAACGAGCAAUACAAGGAGCUGCUGCGCCUCUGCAAGGGCUACAAUCCGGACACACGCUUCGUCGUCUACGUGGCCACCUGCGUGGUCAGCGAGGUGCCCAGCUCGGGCGCGGUCAAGUGGGAGCGUCAGGUGAUCACCAGGUGCGCCAAGGUGCGGCUGCACCGCAGCCACACGGCGCACGCGCAGCUGCAGCAACAACAGCAACAACAGCAGCAGCAGCACUCGUCGCCGCCGGUGCAGCAGGAGGCCAUCACCAGGGACCUGGACAACCCGGAGACCCUGAUCCUGACGCCAAUGUCGCUGACGCAGCAGGAGGCCGGGCGGCGGCGCGAGACGGUCGCGGCCAACAUCCAGCGGCAGCUGAAGCAGCGCGGCGUGUCGCUGCGCAAGCAGUUCCCCGACGUCUACCGCAAGCUGGGCGCCUACGUCGAGUCGAGCGAGCCGUUCACGCCGACCACCAUCUACCCGCGCGACGCGGCCAGCGGACGCACGUUCAUGUGCAUCAUCAUGCCGGUGGCCGACCCGGCCCGCCUGCAGGACGUGCCCACCGACUCGAGCCGCGUGCGGACGAUCGACGUCGGCGCCGAGCCCGACGGCGGCGCCGCCGAGUGAACCCAACCGACUGCUGCGUCUUUUGCAUUUGCCCCCCGUGAGACCACCCCCUGCCAAGACGCUUGUAUUGACUCUAUAUUGGCCGUUGUUCCACUCCACACUCUCUACUCUAGCAGGUGCUGAUGAUUAAUCCUACGAGAUGAAAAUGGUCCGAUUUUGAGAGACGAGAUCGAUGAUUAGCUUCAAUAUUGCCUGUCGACCCUGUUUCUCCUCGCUCUCUCGUGCUUACUAUUGUACCGUUGUUUUUAUUAUAUUGCAGUGCGAGGCGCGCGUUUUAAAUGCUGUUUACAUACUGAUAAUUUUAGGUGCAAUUGUUGUUAUACACACACACACGGCUGUUUGAUUGAUGUUCAGAGAGAUUAUUUGCGCGCAAUAAGUGUACUUUCUAUUUACGAAUGCAACGCCAGAACUUUCUGAUUUUCGCGUACAAUAGUCAUAAUUGCAAAUAAAACCUCCUCGUCAUUCUUAAUCCCAAAAAAUAGCUGCUCAAAACACGACUCUUGAUCCAGACACGCUGGGUUUCCACAAUUUCGUUCGUGAUAAAAUCGCCAUUGAUAAUUUUUCAACUCUCACGACGAUAAAGUACAUUCUCAGCUUUGAACCACUCUCUCUCUCUCCCUCUAUUAUAGACAAAUUUCUUCUCAAAAUAUUUGCCCUCGUACGCGCUCUGUACCAGAGAAGCUGUUUGUUCCUGCUGGUACGUCAUUUCGAGAUGCGAAAUAAUGAUGUAAACACGAAGCCCAAAGUUGUUGCGAACCAAACAUUAAAAAUAAAAAUUACAUACACUACAUACUGACGAGAUUAUUGUGUCGUGUACAGAGAGCAUAAAAGUAAACGAUGUAUAAGGAGACGUAAACGCAGACAUUUGUGCAUGAGUUUCGAGUGAGUAAAAUGUGUUUUUAUCGAAGAGGGUGCGCAGAGAAUUCGGUUGAUACAAAAGAGAGGUUAAAGAGAUAAUUAUAUUAUAAUUAUAAUGUUUGUUAAUUUCAUAAAUUUACGAUAUAUAUUAUUGAAAUAAAAUGAACCUCAUCCUUUACACAA